UCCACCAUGUUCGGAAAAAAAAAGAAAAGGCUUGAAAUCUCCGGCCCGUCCAACUUUGAGCAUCGGGUUCACACGGGGUUCGACCACCGAGAGCAGAAGUUCACUGGACUACCUCAGCAGUGGCACAGCUUGCUAGCAGACACGGCGAACAGGCCCAAGCCCAUGGUGGACCCCUCAUGUAUCACUCCCAUCCAGCUCGCUCCUAUGAAGACUAUUGUUAGAGGAAAUAAACCACGAAAGGAUACUUCAAUCAAUGGCCUGCUAGAAGAAUUUGACAAUAUUUCAGUGACACGAUCCAAUUCCCUACGGAAGGAGAGUCCUCCYGCCCACCACCAAGAAAACUCAAACCACGUGCCAAGGCACCAAGAAGAGAAUGGUUAUAUCACCUAUUCUCAGUACUCCAGCGAGUCAGAUACUACUACAGACUAUGUCGUGGAAAAAUACAGAGACAAGAGUCUUUAUGGGGAAGAGCUGGACAGAUACUACAAAGGUAGCUAUGCCGCCAAGCAAAACGGGCACAUGAUGAAAAUGGCUUCCAGGGACCUCUAUUACUCGGAAGUUAAGCCCCUGAAAUCAGACAUCUCUAGGUUCCUUCCAGAUUAUCAUUCGCACGUGGAAGCAAACACCAAACCGCUCGAAUACGGUGGGCUAAAGCUGGAGUAUCAGAGGAUUCCUAGCGGAUCCUCCCUGGACUAUGGAGAUCCCUUUCCUUACGCUCCCUCCCGAACGUCAGUGCAAAGCGAGUACUCCAAGGACAGACUGGAGUACGGUGACAGUGACUGGGGUAACGGGUCGGGCAAGGAUGAUUACGAGAAAAGGCCAAAGUCGUCGUACGUGAACGCGGCAAGUCCGCAGCCCGCCAUGAGGCAGAGGUCGCGGUCGGGCUCCGGCCUGCAGGAGCCAGCCAUGCCCUACGGAGCGAGUGCUUUUAAAGCAAGCCAGCAGGGGCACUCGUACAGCUCCUACACCUACCCUCGCUUGUCCGAGACGGCCGCAGGCAUCUCGAAGGUGGAUUAUGAUCGAGCACAGAUGGUAGUUAGCCCACCACUCUCCGGAUCAGACACCUACCCCAGGGGCCCAGUAAAGCUACCUCAAAGUCAAAGCAAGGUCAGCUACUCAAGUAGUAGCUACCAGUAUCCUUUGGUCUAUCACAARGCAUCUCUGUAUCACCAGCCGUCUCUCCAGCCAAGCUCUCCCUACAUUUCCACGGCAUCCUACCCAAGCUCCCCAAGUAUCACAUCAAGUGCUUAUCCUCCACCAAGCUGGGGUUCCUCCUCAGACCAGCAGCCAUCCCGCGUGUCCCACGAACAGUUCAGAGCUGCCCUGCAGCUCGUCGUCAGCCCAGGGGACCCCAGGGAAUACUUGGACAGCUUUAUCAAGAUAGGGGAAGGCUCCACAGGGAUUGUCUGUAUCGCCACUGAGAAGCACACGGGAAAGCAAGUUGCGGUGAAGAAAAUGGACCUCAGGAAACAGCAGAGAAGGGAAUUGCUCUUUAAUGAGGUUGUGAUCAUGAGGGAUUACCACCACGAGAACGUGGUGGACAUGUACAGCAGCUACCUGGUUGGCGAUGAGCUCUGGGUUGUGAUGGAGUUUCUGGAGGGCGGCGCUUUGACRGACAUCGUCACUCACACGCGAAUGAAUGAAGAGCAGAUAGCCACUGUCUGCCUGUCGGUCCUGAGAGCCCUGUCCUACCUGCACAACCAAGGGGUUAUUCACCGUGACAUCAAAAGUGACUCCAUCCUGCUCACGAGUGAYGGGAGGAUAAAAUUGUCAGACUUUGGAUUCUGUGCCCAAGUUUCCAAGGAAGUUCCCAAGAGGAAAUCACUGGUUGGAACGCCCUACUGGAUGGCCCCAGAAGUGAUAUCUCGCCUGCCUUAUGGCACUGAAGUGGAUAUCUGGUCCCUUGGUAUCAUGGUUAUAGAGAUGAUAGAUGGAGAACCUCCCUAUUUCAACGAGCCGCCGCUCCAGGCAAUGCGCAGGAUCCGGGAUAACCUACCGCCCCGGGUGAAGGACAUACACAAGGUCUCCUCGGUCCUCCGGGGCUUCUUGGACCUGAUGCUGGUGCGGGAGCCCUCRCAGAGAGCCACGGCACCGGACCUGCUGAGACACCCCUUCCUGAAGCUGGCGGGGCCGCCCUCCUGCAUCGUGCCCCUCAUGCGGCAGCACCGGCACCGCUGA